GGCAGGAGUCUAUUGCCUGACUCAAGUCUGUCCUGUAACUCUUCUCUGAGGCCAUUUUACACUUGGACUGAGACUUAAUCAGGCCCUUCAAGAAGAAAAUUGCAUUUGGAUUCUUCAGCCAGCAAAAGCAAGUAGGAAGGGGGGUCCAUCUGCCUUUUUCCUGCCUUGAUCCGUUUCACAGAAAGAGAGGAACCGAGGAGGAAUCCAAUUUCUCAGAGAAGAUGAGCCGGCCAUAUGACUCAAUGGAGCCCAAAGUGAUGGAUGACGACAUGCUCAAGGCAGCCGUUGCGAGGCAGGGGCCCCAGGAAGAGGCUGGGCAGCUCGCCAAGCAAGAGGGCAUCCUCUUCAAAGAUGUGCUCUCCCUGCAGCUGGACUUCCAAAAUAUCCUCCGCAUAGACAACCUCUGGCAGUUUGAGAACCUGCAGAAGCUGCAGCUGAACAACAACAUCAUCGAGCGCAUCGAGGGCCUGGAAAACCUCACUCACCUGGUCUGGCUGGAUUUGUCCUUCAACAACAUCGAGACCAUUGAGGGACUGGACACCCUGGUCAACCUGGAGGACCUGAGCUUGUCCAACAACCAGAUCUCCAAGAUUGACUCUCUAGAAGGCCUGGUGAAGCUGCAGGUGCUAUCACUGGGCAACAACCAGAUUAGCAACAUAAUGAAUAUCAUCUACCUGCGCCAGUUCACCUGCCUGCGGACACUCAGCCUCUCUGGGAACCCCCUUACCAAGUCAGAGGACUACAAGAUGUUCAUCUACGCCUAUCUCCCUGACCUCGUGUACCUGGACUUCCGGCGUAUCGAUGAGCAGGUGAAAGAGAUGGCAAAGAUACGGCAUCAGUACAGCAUCGACGAGCUGAAGCACCGGGAGGCCCAGGUACAGGCCCGGCUGGACGGCGAGAAGGCCCAGCGGGAGAAGCUGGCGGAGCACAAGAGGGCGUUCAUUGAGCACCUGGACGGCGCCUUCCUGUUUGACAGCAUGUAUGCUGAGGAUGUGGAGGGCAACAAGCUGUCACACCUGCCUGGUGUUGGUGAGCUUCUUGAGGCGUACAAGGACAAAUUUGUCAUCAUCUGCCUGAACAUUUUCGAGUAUGGCCUGAAGCAGCAGGAGAAGCGAAAGAUGGAGCUAGGCACCUUCAAUGAGUGCAUAAAGGAGGCCAUCCUGGAAAACCAGGACCAGGGCAAGCUCAAGGUCGCCAGGUUUGAGGAAAAGCACCUGCUGAAUUUAAACGCCCUCCGAGAAGAGACUGACCUGCCCACCAUCGAGAAGAAGCUAACAGAAUGCAAUGAGAGCAUCACUGAGCUCUUCAACAUGCUCAUGACACUGGAGAUGCAGCUGGUGGAGCAGCUGGAGGAGACUAUAAACAUAUUUGAAAGAAACAUCACGGACUUGGUGGGACUAUUUAUUGAAAAUGUUCAAAGUCUGAUGGCUCAGUGCCGAGACCUGGAGAACCAUCACCAUGAGAAGCUCCUGGAGAUCGCCAUCAACAUCCUGGAGAAGAUCCUCAAGGGUGAGAUGGACGAGGACUUGCCUGAUGAUGUGCGGGCUCUUUUUGUCGACAAAGACACAAUUGUUAAUGCCGUUGGGGCAUCGCAUGACAUCCACCUCCUAAAGAUUGACAACCGAGAAGAUGAGCUGGUGACUGGAAUCAACUCUUGGUGUACACAUCUAAUAGACACGAUCCACAAAGAUGAGAUCAUGAGGAACCGCAAGCGAGUGAAGGAGAUCAAUCAGUACAUUGACCACAUGCAGAGCGAGCUCGACAACCUGGAAUGUGGUGACAUUAUAGACUAG